GCCCUUCUCUUCCUCCCCGAUGCGCGUUACCCAUGUCGUGUCACUCAUAGCACGUCGUGCUCGUACGGGCCCAGUCCCGAGAGCAGCAAAAUACUCCCGGGGACUCAGCACGCCUGCUCCUGCUGACCCUGGGCUCUACUCCGACCUCAAGAAGCGUGGUUUUGUUGCCGACGCCACGCGGCCAGACGACCUCGGAAAUGCCCUUCAAAGAUCCCAGCAGACUGUGUACGCGGGGAUUGACCCGACGGCCCCUUCGCUGCAUGCUGGACACUUGCUCUAUCUCAUGUGUCUCUUCCGGUUCCAUGCAGCUGGCCAUAAGAUCAUACCGCUGAUUGGAGGAGCAACUGGCUUGCUAGGUGACCCAACUGGGCGCCGCACCGCACGAGACCCCGCCAACAAGAGCGUGGUCGAGCAGAACGUCGCCUCGCUCGAGGCCGCGCUACGAAAAUUUUUCGAAGGCGCGACUAAGUAUGCGGAGGCGCGGGGCAUCUCGACGAGGGGCGUGCUCUCUGACCUGCAGGUCAAGAGUAAUUUGGAGUGGCACAAGGACUUCAGCAUGCUCGACUUCUUCAUGGUCGUCGGCAGUCACGCGCGUAUGAAUACGAUGCUGAACAAGGAGAGCGUCCGAACCCGCCUCACAUCGAAGGACGGCAUGUCCUACACCGAGUUCUCCUACCAAUUGCUUCAGGCCUACGAUUUCUACCACCUCUUCCGCAACUACGGAUGCACCAUCCAGGUCGGCGGCUCGGACCAGUGGGGCAACAUCGUAUCCGGCCUCGAGCUCAUCGCGCGCCUUGAGGGCGAGGAUGCUGUCGAGAAUCCUUCUGAGACCAAGGUGUCCUCGCGCUGCUUCGGCCUGACGACGCCGCUGCUCACCACAGCAUCCGGGGAGAAGUUUGGCAAGAGCGCGGGGAAUGCGGUUUGGUUAGAUACGAAGCUCACGAGCCCGUUCGCGUUCUAUCAGUAUUGGAUCUUGACUGAGGAUAAGGACGUCGAGAAGUACCUGAAGCUAUUCACACUCGUCUCGGACGCGGAGAUCGAGAGUGUCAUGCAGGAGCACAAUGCCGCCCCUCACAAGCGGAUAGCCCAGCGUCGCCUUGCUGCAGAGGUCACCGAGCUCGUGCAUCAGAAAUCCGGCCGCGAGCUCGCCGAAAAGGCCACUCGCCUGAUGUUCGGCGAUGCCGGCGACAUGACCGCCAGCGAAGUCUUCUCCGCCUUGAAGGGCGACCCCCGCCUCGUCCUGCUCGACGAAGGUGAUCUGGUCGGCGCGCGGAUAUUCUCUCUGGCCACUGAGCACGGGCUGGUGGCGUCGAAGAGUGAAGCACGGCGACUGGGCAAGUCGAAGGGGUUCUACGUGAACCAUGGGGUGGUAGGCGAGGAUAGGGCCCUGGAGCGGGAAGACCUGAUUGAGGGCAAGUUUGCUGUGCUUCGGGCGGGGAAGAGUAAUGUGCUUGUUGUCGGGCUGAGGGAGUCGGACUAGAGCUACUCACGUCAACUCCACUCAUUUUCCCAGCAAUACCAUUGCGCAUGCAUGGAUACGACGCUUCACUGGUGAACCUGCCCCUGACCAGUCCUACUAAGUAUUUGCGGUGCGUCCAUUC